AUGGCUUCAGCAUCACCUACAACAUCCACCACUUCCAGCAAAACAGUCUCUGCAGCCUAACCCGCUACGCCACCAUCAGUCUCUACAGCAUAUCCUGCUACACCACCCGCUACACCACCACCAGGCUCUGCAGUUCUACCCCCUACACCAUGAACCUCUACAGCCUAACAUGCUACACCACCACCAGCCUCUGCAGUCUAAUCCACUACACCACCAUCAGCCUCUGCAGUCUAACCCGCUACACCAUCAACCUCUACCGCCUAAUGCACUACACCACCAUCAGUCUCUACAGCCUAACUCGCUACCCUACCAUCAGUCUUUACAGCCUAAGCCGCUACACCACCACCAGCCUCUGCAGUCUAAUCUGCUACACCACCACCAGCCUCUGCAGUCUAACCCGCUACAACAUUAG